AUGUCUCUUCUCGGUGAUGAGCAACUUCCUUCAUCUUCAGGGAAGGUCACCUCCACGAGCGGAUCUUCUCUUCCCUAUUCCGCGUCAGGACCAUUGUCCGCUCGUGAGCAGGCCGAGCCAUACCGUCUGGUGACCGCGAUCUUCCCCAUCGAUGUGUUGACGCCGGUCUGGAAACAAGGCCACAAUCGAUUGUUAAACAUUCCGCAUCGACAGCGACUCUGUCAGGCAUUUCGUCGAGAGUUGCAUCGCACCGACUCGAACAAUGCUCUUCGGCUCGUCUGCACUCGAUCAGAAAUUGAUCGUAUGAUCAGCGCGCUAAAGCACCACGGCGAGAGUCGUCUUGACUGGCGACAGCGGACGCCGCAGGCGUGGCCUUCAUUUUUGGAUUGGCGACGUGUGAAUCCUGAGCCGGUUGAAUUGAUGGCCGGACACCACCGUGUAGAAGCACUCAAAGAGUACUUGAAAGAUCAGAAGAACGCCGAGGGAGAGGGAUGGUGGCUGUGUGAUGUUUACGACCAAGAGACUCUUCCAUUGGAGCUUUCGAUCCAACUACGAGCCAACCGAGAAGACUUGAGCUUACCAGACACCCACGGCCAAAUCUGGACCGAAUUGACGCUGCUCGCGCAACAAGAUGCGAACUGGCAUCUCAGUCCCGACCCUGUCGCCGCCACAGCCCAUACCCCGAAGACCACUAAAGGGACGGCGAGAGGCAUGGAGACCCAAUUGACCCUGAAACUGGGAUUGACCGGGAAAACCACCUUCCCCGUGCGCCGACUCGGCACCCUGUGGCGGAAUGUCGCUUGGCGAAACAUGAUUAGCGAGUGGUGCCAAUUUCCCCUCGGACGGGCGACCUUCAACAUCACCACCUGGGAGUGGAUGUCCAGUUGCCGCAUCGACGAUUGGGACAGUACUGGUUCUCGACGUUUUCCCGAGUGCUUCAGACCCUGCGACAGCUCCGGCAUGAACAUCACGUCGAAGUGCAAUCCUCCGACUGGAUGCGAUUGUCUCAACUGCCCGCGAAGCGGCAAGGUCAAGAUGUCCAAGAUCUGUUCUUCCCGGGCCUUCAGGAGCAGCACGAAUCAGACAUCUCGCGCCUUCGCGUGA